CUUCCCCAUACACUCCCUCUCUACUUUCUCUCUCUCAAAACUCUCUUACCGCUGUCUCUCUCUCUGUUACCGACGAGACUCCUUCUCCUCUCUCCCCUCUCCAAAAUCAGUGCCACCAACGAUGGCUAGUCCCAGCCAUGGUCCUCCGACCCCUCUCUAUUCACGUCGAUCAGCUCGCCUCCCUCUUCUUCAACGCCACCAGCAGCCCCCCAUCGGUGACAACAACACCAGCAUACCAGCGCUGCUCCACGCCACCACGAGACCCCACUCCCUCCACGAACCAGCCCCAGCGAUGACUGGCCUUCCCUCGCUCAGAUCCGGCCUUCACCUCCAACAGUCGAGAAACACCAACGAUGACGAACCAGCGACGCGCCACCCCCAGAUUCAACUAUUAUCCAAUUUGAUCUCCCUAAACUCAAAUUGUAUUAUUAGAAAGGGUAAGUCCCGAAGAGUCGCCGGGAUAUUUAAUUAAUUAUGUAUUCUUGAUAGUUAUUAUUUUUUCCUUCUUAGUUUUCGUAUUUUGGU